UGAGGUUGAAAAUUUCCCCCGUCCGCCCCUCUUCCUGCUGGGGGACGCAGAGUUGGGGAAUUGGAUCUCAGUUCAAAAGUAGAUUUUGGGCUUCCCUUCCACCUGUAACCUCUGUCCCUUUGUACUCAGCUGCGUCAAGUUCAAUAAAGAAGCACCGUGAACCACUGGUGGGAAUUGUUCAAUAAACCAAACGGAAACAAAAUUGGAGUGCCACUCCCGAGCAGGAGCAUAGCUAUUCCCUUUCUGAUGUAACGUGUGUCAGAACAUAAGAACGUCAACUCCAGGCUGAGCACUAGGAAACUACAAUCUCCAGCGUACUUCGCUCCCCCGCCCUCUGGGCUGUUCACUGGGAGGGAGGGAGAGAUUCAUACGCCAAGAGUUCGGAACGCCGGAGCGCAGGAAAGGUGCAGAAGGGCGCACGCGCAGAACCGCUCGCCGCGCGCACUUCCCUCCCCCCUCCCCCGCACUACCUCCACUUCCUGGGACGUCGCAGAUACUAUCGCGUGAGAUCUGCGGCCAAUGAGGAGGCAGAAGUGACGGCCGCUUCGCAGCUACCCGCAGCUGCUUGGAGGCCGAACUGAGAGAGGAUUGCUCUUCUGGAGAAGCUGGGUCUUCGUAUCUCAGGUGUCGCCGAGAGCUCAGCGUCAAGGCUGAACCAUAUCAUUUAGAAGAAUGGAAGCGAAUGCAUCUGUUGACAUGUUUUCAAAAGUCCUAGAGAAUCAGUUGCUUCAAACCACCAAACUAGUGGAAGAACAUUUGGAUUCGGAAAUUCAGAAACUAGAUCAGAUGGAUGAGGAUGAAUUGGAACGCCUCAAAGAAAAGAGACUCGAGGCUCUGAAGAAAGCUCAACAGCAGAAACAAGAAUGGCUUUCAAAAGGACAUGGGGAAUACAGAGAAAUCCCUAGUGAAAGAGACUUUUUUCAAGAAGUCAAGGAGAGUAAAAAAGUGGUUUGCCAUUUCUACAGAGACUCCACAUUCAGGUGUAAAAUACUAGACAGACAUUUGGUGAUAUUGUCCAAGAAACAUCUUGAGACCAAAUUUUUGAAACUGAAUGUGGAAAAAGCACCUUUCCUUUGUGAGAGACUGCGUAUCAAAGUCAUUCCCACACUAGCACUGGUGAAAGAUGGCAAAACACAGGAUUUUGUUGUUGGAUUUUCUGACCUAGGAAAUACAGAUGACUUCACCACAGAAACCUUGGAGUGGAGGCUGGGUUGUGCUGAUAUCCUUAAUUACAGUGGAAAUUUAAUGGAGCCACCAUUUCAGAGCCAAAAGAAAUUUGGAACAAACUUCACAAAGCUGGAAAAGAAAACUAUUCGAGGAAAGAAAUAUGAUUCAGACUCUGAUGAUGAUUAGAAAUCAGUUAUAAUUCUUUGUAAAUCGUCUUUUUAUUUCUCCUUACUUCACAAUUAGAUGUGUUUUCUAAACUCCAUUGAUUUCAGUAUGUUCAUCUCCUGAUGGUCACAUUCUAGAGUUUUAUGCAGUGGCAUCAUGUUGAAAAGCAUCUUUAAUAUUUUCUAUGUGGAGCUUGUGUUUAAGUAGAGGAAAACGCCUUGAGUUCUAAAAUAAUCUGAGGAGAGUCCGGAUUCUCUAUUUUUGAGAUUGGUUUUAUCACAAUGAUUCUUACGUUUUUAUACCAUUCACAAUUGUGUUUUUAAUCUACUGAAUUGAAAAUAGAAAUUCAGCACACUAUUCCAGGACUAAUUCUUACGCAGCAUUAUUUACUUUAUAAAGAAGUCAAGUAACAUUUACUGGUGUAACAGCACUUGUAAAUGAAUUAGAAACACUCAUCACUUCUGGAAUAUAUUUAAGAUAAUUAUUAAAGAACUGUUUAUUUAUUCUGUAA